AUGGCGAAGGUCCUGGGUUUUGCUUUCUUGGCGGCUGCAGUCUCCACUGUUCUGUCUAUGGAUGUGGAGAAUGCGCUCGCUACCGAUGCUGAAUGUGCCCAGGGCGAGGAAUGCGCCCUCAACGCUUUGCAGCAGAAGGCAGUGGCGGCACAGCUGCAAACAAAGGACUCCGUAGAGAAGUUUGCGGCUGCUUUGGAGGAGGGCGAGGAGGAACUCGCUGAGGCAGAAGCGCAGAGCAAGAAAGAGGCCUCGGCAGACGAGGAAGAGUGGGGCUCCUCACCGAAGCCAGCCCCUGCGCCGGCCUUCAACCCGUACUGGAACCCAUACAGCCCAUAUGCUGGCAAUCCUUACGCCGUCCCUGGCCUAGGCUUUGGAGGCUGCCUCACCAAGAUCCAGGAUUCUUCCUGCAUGGUGUUCAGCUGCGCAAAGUCGCGUGGCCCAACGACCUGCAACACUCAGGACUACUUCUGCUACUGCAAGCCUGGCUUCUGCUCCGAUGGCAAGGGCUGCGUGCCCCAGCAGUCCCUGUACACGCCAUACCGCUAA